AUGGCUGCACCUCCUCCGCCGCCAGCUCCGCCUGCGCCGCUCGCGCCGCCGACAAGGCCAAAGCGCCCUGCACCAAGCGGGCCUGACGACGCUGCCACACGAUUGCAGCGCUGGUACCGUGCAGUGGCGCGACGAAGAUCCUUCAUGGUGAUUGUGAACCGAGCACGGCGAAGACGAAAGUUUCUGGAGGAGCGACGGCGAGUGGCUCAGCGAGUCUGCUCGGCGGAGGCGGCGAUUGAGGAGAUACGAGAGCGCCUGGCGAUGCCAUCCGGGCACCGUCUGGUGGGUAAAUGGCAGGAAGCCAGCAAGGCAGAAGCCGCCACGCAGGUACAAAGCCGCUGGCGCUCCGUGAGGGCCAAGAAGAAGCUGGUGAAGCUCGUCGGUGAACAGAGGUAUCAGGAGGCGAUCCGGAAGAUCCAGGUCUUCAUCCGACGCCGCCGGCAGCGGCAGCAGCAGUCUCCGCUCGUCCGAACGGCCGUGGAGAAUCCUUUCUGGAGGCCCAUACAAGAGGAGCGGGUGAGGGCGAUCGAGAACUCCAUCGUAGAGAAGCGGAAGCAGUGGAGCAGUGUGACAGGAAGAGGCCUGAGCACGGAGCAGCUCAAGAUGCAGGCCACUGCCGAAUACGAGCGCUUCCAACAGGGCGUCGGACGCUGGCACUACGAUGUUUGGCAGACCCUCCUCGAGAGAGCUCAGGCGCAGCGGAUCAUCGAGGCAAUGGAAGGUCGGAGCUUUAGCAACCCCCCGCCGUACGGGGUCUGCAGCGCUUACCUCUUAAGGGAGGCUGGGGAGAAGCACCAGGGCCGGAAGCAGAGCGUAUCCCAGGCUCGAGACCUCGGAGACACCAAGGACGUGGGCAUGGGCCAGUCGGUGUACGUGGAGUCUCAAACUGAGGAGCAAGAAGCCAACGAGCUGCUGUUUGCCUUGGAGAGCAAGCUUGGCUACAACUUUUCGCUGCCCGAAGUUUGA